UAUCCAAGCGGUGCCGAGAUAAAUGCUCCCAUGAUGCAUUGCAAAUCGCGGUAAUCUUUUUUAAGUGCAAUCCGUCAAUUAUCAGCCAUUUUCUAGAUAUAUGGUAUACAUAUAGAAAUAUAUUUUUACGGGUACAAAAGAGCCAACUGAAAAGUGCGCUGGCUCUAGAGUGUGAAAUGUCGAAAUAUACGACAAGUGUUGUGUGCCCUGAACCAAAUACGUUUUAUUAUAAUGCCAGUUAUUCGAACAAUUCAAUUGUGGAUAUUAAUGGAUUAAAUUAUUCAGAGAAGAAAGUUCCCGACGAUAUAUACGCGCCCAUUAACAAUCAUUGUUUCAUUCCAAAUACGGCUGUGAGAACAAUAAAAAAACGCAACACGGCAAAUAAAAAAGAACGCAGGAGAACGCAAAGCAUUAACAGUGCUUUCUACAAACUGCGCGGAAAAAUUCCCAAUGUUCCUUCAGACACAAAAUUAUCUAAAAUUAAAACAUUAAAGUUGGCCAUAUUGUAUAUAAAUUACUUAGUGGAUGUUUUAGAUGGUGAUCAGGAUCCGAAAAGUGGAUUCCAAGCAGACUUAAAGCUGUCGAAUCGGAAAGUUUACAACGAAAGAAAACAAAGAAAUGAGAAUGCUAGUUUACUGACAAAGGGGCGUACUGGUUGGCCACAGGAUGUGUGGGCUUCCGAGCUUGUUCCUGAACAAAAUUCAUCUUGUACAUGCUAAAAAAUUCUACAUAAAUAAAAUAUCGAUAAUAAUUAAGGCCUUUUGACUAUUUAUUACAAGUUUCUAAAUUUCAUUUUGGACAACAAAUAGCAGGUGAUAAUUCCGUUUUGAGUUGCUUUUGGUUUUUAAAAUACAAUAGCUAUGGUCAAACUUGGUGGGGAUAAAGUAAGCAUGGUGAAUUCGCUAAAUUGUGAAGAUUUUCAAAGAUGUGAACAAAAAAUUGGGCUAUGGAGAAAUAAACAAGAUACGAUUGUGAUUUA